AUGAAAUCGAAGAAAUCUCGCCAAUCGACUACUAUCGCGAUUGUCAUUCUCAUGGCGUCGUUGAUCGAUUCGAGUCGAUCGCAAAUCGUCGACACACCGAUUCCGUCCAACUACGCGCCGGUUCUGCAGGUCUCAUCGACCGAGGGAUUUUUGCCGGAGACGGCCGAAAUCGGCACGACGGUUCGCGUCUCGCCGAACAUGCAAUCCGAAUCGCUGCAGAUUCUUGUCAAUGAUGAGGAUCUGCAACCCGGAAUGCCGCCGGCCACCUAUCAGUACAUUCUCACCGGCUUGGGCGCCACCAUAUUCGCCGUCGAUCAACGCGGAUACGUCUAUCUGAACGUGCCGAAGAUCGAUGCCGAUCCGCCGAAUCCGUCGACGUACCAGCUGAACGUUGAAGCGCGCGAGGUGAACACGAUUCCGGUGCGUCGAAGCGAGCCCGUCACCAUCACCAUUCAUAUUCUUGACGUCAACGACAAUUCACCGCAAUUCGAGCAGCCGAUCUAUAUGGCGAACGUGAGCGCGUUCGGCGACGCUCGUCCGAUUGUCAAGGUCGUCGCGAGCGAUGCGGAUUCGGGCGCGUUCGGCGCGGUGACCUACACGAUUGCGCAGGUGACGAACGGCGCCGAAUCGCAUUUUCGCUACGACGCCGACACGAAUAUGCUCGUCGCCGUCGGCGAUCUGGUGCCCGGCGAACGCUAUCAGGUGGUGAUCGACGCCGUCGACGGCGGCGGUCGAAGCUCGCAGGCGAUCGUCAUCGUGCUCGCCGCCGAUCCGACGAUCGUCACGUUCUCCUCGCUGGCGCCGCUGCCCGGAAUGGAGACGUUCCGACCGCACACGAUCGCGACGACGACGCCGUCGAGCGCCGAGUCCGAGGAGACGAUUCAGACGUUCGUCACCGAGGUCAACGAGAACACGCCGCCGAACACCGUCGUGGUGUCGUUGGGAAGCGACGAUUCCAGUCAGCUGACCUACUUCAAUAUUGUCGGCGGCAACGAGGAAGGAAAGUUCGCCGUCGAUGACAUGGGCACCAUCGUCACCGCCGAUUAUUUGGAUCGCGAGAAGACCGCCAUGUACUCAUUGCAAGUCGAGACGCGCAGUCGGAAUCCUGACCAGCAUCUAUAUUGGACGCUGGUGCAGAUAACCGUCCUGGAUGUCAAUGACAACGCGCCGGUGUUCACCGAUGAAGCGCCGAUUCGCCUACGUCUCAGCGUCGACGACAUCGAACAGCUGACGGCCAACAUGAUCAUUGGCAAGGUUGGCGUCGAAGACGCCGAUGCCGAUGACAAUGGCCGAUUGGAGUUGAGGAUCAUGCCGCCGCACAACAAACUGUUCGCCAUUUCGAACGAUGGUGUGAUCAGCGUGAACGGCGACUUCAACGCCGCCCACUUCGGCGAGCACAACAUCGUUGUGGUGGCGCGCGAUCACGGCGAUCCGCCGCUCGAGACACGCGCCGACGUUCAGAUCUCCGUGUUCGGCACAUUGAUCACAAUGGCGACGGCGGCGCCAACGAACGAAAUUUUCGAGUACACCUCAAGCGUCGAGGAGGAGGAGGAGCCGACGAGCUCGCCCAAAUCGUUCUCAUCGUUCCCGCAACCCGAGCCGAACAAGACCGUCGAGCCCGAGUUCCCGCAAUUCCCAACGAUCAAUCCGAAUCGUCAGAUCGCGUCGCCGUCGACAACAACAACGCAAGCGGCUCCCGAUUAUCAGGAGCUGGUGCCGAUUGAGGCGAGUACGCAUGAGAAUGAGCACGAGUCGCCGAUGAGCACCACCGACAAUUUUGGUCAAGAGGAGCACGAGGAGAUCGACGAGGAGACCACGGCGACGACGCCGUCGCCAACAACGACAACCGUCGAGCAGCAGAAGCGUCUGGCGCCGGUCUUCAAGCCGUCUCAAAUCACCGUCCAAGUCGAUGAGAAUGAGUCGAACGUCGAGAUCACGAAAGCGCACGCGACGUAUCCCGACGGCCAUCCGGGCGUCGUCACCUACGUUCUCCACAAAGGCGAUCCGACAAUGUUCAGCGUGUCGAGCUAUUCGGGCUCGGUGAACCUGUUGAAGCCGCUCGACGCCGAAACCGAUUCAACGGUGACGAUUCAGGUGUCGACGUCGGAAGCGCAAUCGCUCGACGUCGAUCCGAAGUUGGCGCACUUCGUCAGCAUCACCAUCAAUGUCGGCGACAAGAAUGAUUGGAUACCGAACUUCGAGAGCGCCAACUACGAGUUUGACGUCAACGAGGACACGCUGCCCGGCACGAUUGUCGGUCAGGUGGCCGCGUUCGAUCAGGAUCGCGAUGACCCGAAUAAUCGAAUAAGGUAUCGCUUGGUGAGCGCCGGCGGCCUCGAAGCCCACUUCAACGUGAACGCCGAAAGCGGUCUGAUCACGCUGGCGCGGCCGAUCGACGCGUUCGCCGGCGAGAAGAUCACGUUGCGGAUUGAAGGCGCCGAUAGCGGAAUGCCGCCGCUGUCCUCGACGGCCACUGUGCUGAUCAACGUGGUGCCGACAAGCUCGCAUUUGAUUCCCGACGCGAGUCCGGUGUCGAACACGCCCAACGCCGGCGAGAUUCAGUUCAGUCUGCGGAAUUACACAGCGUCGGUGUCAGAAGCUGUCCGACCGCCGCAUCUCGUCCAGAUUCUGUCGGUCGUCAACAAGCCAACCGACACGCGCUUCAUCAUCUGCAACAUCGUGUCGGGCAAUUAUCGCGGCGCGUUCGGCGUCACCGCCGGCAACGACGGCAACUGCGAGCUGCGCACGCAAAUGGAGCUCGAUCGCGAGACGGUCGAACGCUAUCUGCUCAACGUCACCGUGACGUCGGGCGCGCAAACCGAUUACGCGCUCGUCGCCAUCACCGUGCUCGACGUCAACGACAACGUGCCGCGAUUCGUCUAUGAUUCCGAUUUGGGUCUGUCGACGUUCUUCGGCGCCGUGUCGUCGACGGCCAACGCGUUCACACGCGUGCUCACUGUCAAAGCCGACGACGCCGAUCUCGGCAAUAGCAGUUUGGUGAACUACGCGCUCGAUCCGCUAUCGGCGCAUUCCAAAUACUUCUCGAUCAGCCCGUUCGGCGAGAUCAGCACGAAGCAGAGUAUGGCGACGAUCCUUCAACGCAAUCGUGUGCAAUUCUUCGAGUUCCGCGUGUCGGCGUGCGAUUCGCCGAUAUCCGGCCAACAGUUGUGCUCGAAGGCCGACGUCGUCGUCAACAUCAUCGGCUCGUCGAAUCGAUUCAAGAUGAUCAUCUACGGUCUGAAUCCGCAGCAGCUCAAGAAGCAUGAGAAGGACAUGAUCAAAUCGACGCGACAAUUCACCGGCGCUUGCAAUCUGCUGACGAUCGAGAAGAUGAUCGAGCACACGGCGAUCGAGAACCAAAUUCGCACCGACGUCUAUUGGUAUGCGGUGAAUCCGACGACGAAGAAGAUUUGCAAGAAGCAAGAUCUAAGGAAGCUGUUCGAGCCGGCGAACGUGCAGCUGAUUGCCGGCAAAGUGCAACCGUGGUUCCGAUUGGAGCGCAUCUCCGAGGACGCUGGCGAUGAGGGCGCGAUGUCGAGCGUUGGCAUUCUGCCGACGAACUGGAAGACGGCCAGCAUUUUGCUCAUCAUAUUGGCGGUGGUGAUCGCCGUCGGCGCGCUCGUCGGCAUCUGCGCGGUGUGCAUCUUCUGGAAUCGCUACAAGGACUCGCAGCGCCACUCGUCCAACUUCUCGCAUUCGUACCCGCAAAAAGUGGGCGGCGCGAUGCCGCCGCACACCGUCUAUCUGCCGAACAUGCCGCCGAUGGACGCGGCGCGACUCGACAAAAUCUACGAGACGCAAAUGUUGGAGAUGCCGAUUUCCGACGAGGAUCUGACGAUGAAGAGCGGCUCGAUGGGCGCGCCAACGGCGCGAAACGCCAACAACAACGGCCAGCAGGGCUAUCGAACGUAUGGGUACGGAAGGCCGCCGGGAAGCACAGCGUAUGAAGGUGACUUUAGCAUAGAGGAAUCAAUGUACGCAAUAAACCCGUCAGGUCGAUUAGAUCCAGUAACAAAACGUAUACAGACCAUCGUGAUUCCGACGCCGGAUUAUCAUCAGCGAACGCAUCCCGGCCAACACAAGAGUAUACUAUAG